GCGCAAACCCUCUCACUGCCCCACUAACGUGUUCAGCGCAAACCCUCUCACUGCCCCACUAACGGGUUCAGCGCAAACCCUCUCACUGCCCCACUAACGUGUUCAGCUCAAACUCUCUCACUCACACCAUCUUCAUUUUCACCACCACGCCGCUGGAGAGCGCAGCCACGCGUGACGGUCAAAAGACCAAGUGGGAACUACUAGUCGGUGUUGCCGUCCUUUGGAGAGGAGCUCGAGUUAACGAUUAUUUUUUUUCUUUCGUAUUAUAUUUCAUUCUCUCUAUUCCUCGUUCGUAACCGUUUCUUCAGCAUGGUUUUAAAUUGCCUGUCAAGAGAUUUAAGCUGCUUCCGAGGCGGUUCAGAAGCCGUUCGGUAUCUCAAGAAGGUCGCCCUAGUCGACAUUGGAAGCAAAUAACACGGGUAUAGCGUGGAUGAUAUUAACGGUCGCUCCAGUCGACGUUAGAAGCCACUAACACGGGAAUAGCGUGGAUAAUAUUAACGGUCGCUCCAGUCGACGUUAGAAGCCACUAACACGGGAAUAGCGUGAAUAAUAUUAACGAAGACAGUACAGUCUAUGAAUAUUUCACCGAAGCUCGUACUCUACAGUGCAGUAAAGUGAUAUCCACUACCUUUAAAACAAAAAAACCGGGACGGCAAAGUUGUAGCCGUGGCUGGCGGGUACACCACCACCAAACGGAAAUCCAGGUGGAAGACGAAGGAGAAGAAGAAAGAGCAGCAAUGGAGGACUACUCGGAGAGAGGAGCAAGGGAGCCUUAAAGGGGAGCGGCGCUUGGCGAGCUAGCCCCCUGUCUGCCUGGCCCGGGUGAAUGCAAGGGGGAUUUCUAUCAGACAGAAGAGAGAGAGAGAGAGAGAGGGAGAGAGAGAGAGAGAGCGGGGAAAUCUGAGGCGCGCAGUGAGAUCAAACUGGAUGCCUGCCCCCACCGGGCUGAGCCAAGCAUCUCUUGCCGCAUAGCGCUGCGCUGAGACCGGGCCACACGGGCCACACCGGCCAGGAUGACUGUGGUGACCGGAGAUAACAUGGAUGAGACGUCCACCCUGCCGGGACACCUGCAGGACACCUACCCACCAGACCACGAUGACCACGAAUGCUGCGAGAGGGUUGUCAUCAAUAUCUCAGGGCUGCGCUUCGAGACCCAGUUAAAAACUCUCAGCCAGUUCCCUGAGACGUUACUAGGCAACCCCAAAAAGAGAAUGCGCUACUUCGAUCCGCUUAGAAACGAAUACUUUUUUGACCGGAACCGGCCGAGUUUUGACGCCAUUCUAUAUUACUACCAGUCCGGUGGACGGUUGAGGAGGCCCGUUAACGUUCCUCUGGAUAUGUUCUCUGAGGAGAUCAAGUUUUACGAGCUCGGGGCAGAGGCAAUGGAGAAGUUUAGAGAAGACGAAGGUUUUAUUAGAGAAGAGGAAAAACCGUUACCGGAAAAAGAGUUUCAACGACAGGUCUGGCUGCUGUUUGAAUACCCGGAGAGUUCGGGACCCGCCAGAGGGAUAGCUAUAGUAUCGGUAAUGGUGAUCUUAAUUUCAAUAGUCAUAUUCUGUUUGGAGACGCUGCCAGAACUCAAAGAGGACCCCAGAGGUCGGAUGGAAACUAUAGGCAACGUGACAUUCUAUUACAAACCAAAUAUUCUCACAGAUCCUUUUUUUAUAGUGGAGACUUUGUGUAUCAUCUGGUUCUCCUUCGAGUUGAUCGUGCGGUUCUUCGCCUGCCCUAGCAAGGCAGCUUUCUUUAAAAACAUGAUGAAUACUAUAGACAUAGUAGCCAUCAUACCUUACUUCAUCACGCUGGGCACCGAGCUGGCAGAGGACCAAGAGGGGAAGGAGAAACCAAGUGAGCAGGCUGCGUCUCUGGCCAUCCUCAGGGUCAUCCGGCUGGUCAGGGUGUUUAGAAUCUUCAAGCUGUCCAGACACUCCAAGGGGCUUCAGAUAUUGGGACAAACCCUCAAAGCCAGUAUGAGAGAGUUGGGUUUGCUUAUCUUCUUCCUCUUCAUCGGAGUCAUCCUCUUCUCCAGCGCUGUCUAUUUCGCCGAGGCGGAGGAGAAGGAAUCUUUCUUCACGAGCAUCCCCGACGCCUUCUGGUGGGCGGUGGUCUCCAUGACAACCGUGGGCUACGGGGACAUGUACCCGGUGACCAUCGGGGGAAAGAUAGUGGGUUCGCUCUGUGCCAUCGCCGGAGUGUUGACCAUCGCGCUGCCGGUGCCUGUGAUCGUGUCCAACUUUAACUAUUUCUACCACCGGGAGACGGAGGGAGAGGAGCAGGCGCAGCUCCUUAACGUCAGCAACCAGGACCUUAACUCAGACAGCAACUCGUCGCGCUCCAACUCUGUCGCCAGCAAGUCAGAAUACAUGGAGAUAGACGAGGGGAUUAACAACAGUAUUGAUAACUUUAGAGACGCGAAUCUCAGAACUGCUAACUGUACGUCUGUGCUCAACCAGAACUGCGUGAAUAAGGGCAAGCUGCUGACUGACGUAUAGAAACAUCU